UUCGAUGAACACGACUACGCGACGAACACGCAUUUUUAUUUUAAGAUUUGCUUCGACUUCACAGGAAGUAUAGUGUAGUUUUUCUGCUGGAUCAUCGGAGGAUUUUUAAGUAAAUCGUGGAAAAUAUUAGCUGUGAAAAUCCAUUUGCAUUAAAACAGUGGUUGGGCUUUGGGAAAAUUUCUUGUUAACACGUUUUCAAGUUUUGGUUGACAGUAUUUCUUUUGUGAUGAAUUGUGAGAAAUAUGCUAAAAUGGAUAUCCUAUUCCCACAUAAUAAUGGUGUUACAUUUGUACCCCAACUGGAAUGUGAACAUUUUGCUUUGAAAAGUUCUACAUCCUGACGGGAUCCGUAGUUCGUUUUACGAAGAGGAUUAGACUAUCUCAACAGUAACCGAAGUUAGCUGAAAGCGAAAGCAACCAUUUUUUAGCAGAGGCUAUAAGUGUUUGCUGAAGGCAGCCGUGUCUGUAUUAUUGCGAGCAAAAGCACUUAUUGAAAAAGGCAAGAGUAACAGUGAAACCACGAAAAAGAAGUUCAGCUUAUCGCUGCAACGUAAUAAGUUUUUUCCUGUGUUUUUGCAUUCUUGGAGCUGAUUCUUAAUAAACAAUUCGUUGCCUUACUGAAAAAGACUUUCUGGAUACAAUGGAAUAUUCUAGUAAUGAUGUAAAGCAGCUGUUCAGGUCCAUCUAUACGCUGGUGAAACAACAAGAUGAGUGCAAGUCCACGUUAUCUGUGGAAGCCAUGCUGGCUAAUGAAUUUCUCGAGGAGCAUCGCCAGCUUGUUGGUCGCUGCGUGACGCUAAUUUUCGAAGACUUUGAGACAGUUGGCAAGAAAGCUCGGGAAAUUCUUUGGCGUAAGGGAUACUAUGACCUCAUCGUGGUAUUUAAACGACACUACCAUCAGUUACAGCAACAGAAGAAGCAGCUUAUAGCCAGUGGAGAAAAUGCAGCCUUGGAACGUAGAGAGCAGCACCUCAAGCAUGGAGCCGAGCGUCUGCUACUAGAUGGAAUGAAUCAUCUAAAGGUGAUAGUGCUACGUCUUGCGCAAAUAUUUAACCUGGACAACCUGAAAUAUUCAGUAAGUUAUGGCCUUCUGGAGAAUUACGACGAUGAUUUGUUGGUUCGCGAAUCAAGCUGCUAUGAAAAUUUAGGCUUGAAUGAAGAACAAAAUGCGGAUGAGAAGAAGGUUAUCUAUACGAAGCAGGAAAUAUCGUUCGCAUUAGAGUCUAUCCAUUCUUUACUGACAGCUUUGGGUGAUCUGCAUCGUUACUACUGCGAGUUUGAUUUGACCGGUAUAGGCAACGUGAAAGAUGUUACUGCCAAAUAUUACUGGGAAGCUUUUAAAUUGAACCCAAAAAUUGGUAUCACCCAGAAUCAGUUAGGAACGUUGUACAAUGGAAGAAACUACAAUUUGGACUCAGUUUAUCACUACCUAUAUUCGUUGUGUUGUUUGGUGCCAUUUGAUUGCAGUGAGUUGAAUGUGAGCAAAAUUUUCCAGAAAAAUAUCCGCUAUCUGGAAACUGAAAAUGGUGGCGAUGACGCCGAAGAGGAAGACUUUGCGGUACGUGAGUUUGUCGCCAAGUUUCUGCUGGUAGUAGAUGUGUUUUUCUAUGAUAAGAACGUAACAGAUUUUACCAGCUUGUGUCAUUCAGUAUUGAUUGAUUUUAAGAAUGUGCUCGGUGCUCGAAAAUUGAUUGAUGACGAGUAUUACAUGACGGAUGAUAUAAUUUUUAAGAUCGUGUCAAUCUUGUUCUUCUGCAUGCACAAAAUUAAAAUUAAUAAUUCGGAUAAAAUUCAUAGUCUGAAUGCGUUUUUGGUGGCUCUGUGCUCAGAAUUGCUGGAGUACUGCACAAUGGCAGUUGAAAAAUUCGUGGUGGAAAAUGUUCGCGAGGACAAAAAAUUCCGCGAAAUGUAUUUGUCUCUCUAUCAGCGUUAUGACGACGAAGUACGUAAAUCUCGUCAAGCGUCGAAGGAACAUUCAACUGUACUGUUUACGAAAGAUCAAAAAUCAUCCUCCGGCAUUGAGGAGUAUAACGGCAGUGAGGACCAUUCAAAUAAAGAAAACGAAGGAAAUGACAAACGAAGUCAGGCCAGCUGCAAGCAAAGCGCUGCUAAGAAAAAACACACUCGCAGGCGGCGCCGUGUUCUGACAAAUGAAUCCGAAUCUGAAUUUUCUGAUCAGGACGAUCAGAGUGACUUCCAGCUAGAUUCAGAUUCAGAUGAUGUAAGUUCUGUAUCAAGCUUUGAAUCUUACGAUGACUUUACCGAUGAAGACGAAGAACAUCAACUGGAUGAUAUCUGCAAAGGAUCUCCAGAAAAGGAUAAGAGAGAAUCUAUCUCUACGGACAAACUACAACACAUAGAACAUCACGAGGAAGAACAAAAUCCGAACGCUUGUGAUCAAGCGACUCAGCUUAAGUUUAAGAAACGCUAUCUUAAGCUUAACCCGAACAUCAUCAUUGAGUUUGCACAACUGGAGCGUACCAUGCGUUCGCUGAAAGUAUUGUUCGAUUGGUUGCAAUCAAAUAUGGACAUUUUAGUUGGAUGUUAUCAAUCCAACCCGGAGUUCAUACACAACAUAAUGAAACUGUUAAAUCAUUUUAAUAUUGACAUCUUUUCCAACCGAUACUAUUUUCCGCGCCAACUUGUUACCGUAGAUGGAAUUCGUGAGGAUUUCCGAAGCUUGUUUGAAAUUCGUCGCACCAUUCCACUGGAUGAAGAUAUUGCUAUGAAGCAGUUUGCAUUGUUUGAAAUCAUUCAGGAAGAAUUCGAUUGGGAAAGUAACUAUCGUUUGGAAGUUACCCCUCCGGAACAAAGUUUUCUAAGAGCAAUGAAAAUGGUUGAUUUCGGAUUUUCGCUUUGUAAAUCCAAGAAAUUUGAUUACGCAUUCUGCCCGAAAGCUCGCGAUUUUAGUCUGAACAGUAAGAAGCAACGUAAAGCGCAGCAACACAGACAAGAAGAUCACAACAAAAAAGAACGUGGAGCAACGCGCAACCGAGGCAAUCGAAUUCGUAAGCGAGAACAACAGGACGACAAGCACAAAAUGCGAAAGCAGUCCAACGACCAUGAACAGCGAUGUGACAACAAAACUCGUCGUAACCAGAACCGCAAUCGUCAGCAGGGUGAACGUCGCCGCCCUGAUGUACCGGAAGGCCAAAAAUCGAGCCAAGAAGCCGACAGAAGAACGGCCCCAGCUAUUAUAACGAAGAAAGGUUAUUUAAAGCAACGGUACAACGGGGAUGUAGAGCAUACCGGAAAACCACAACGGAGAGAUAAAUCUGCUCUAUCUGAUUCUACUACCGAUGAAAUAUAUCAUCAAGAGAAGAAUAUCAACGAAUUGAUGGGACAACUGUGGCUAAGAAAUGAAGUAAAAACGCUGGAAUCGAAGGUUAAAAAAGUAGUAAACAUAACUUUAACCCCUUAUUUGAUGCUCGACUCUAAGUGUUUAACCGAAUACACGUACAUUGUCAAAAACUUGGUAAAGACUAAGAAAUUCGUUAUACUGAUUCCAACUGCCGUUCUUUCGGAUUUGGACGAAUUGAAGAAACAUAGCGACGGCGCUCGCAAUGCUAUCAAAUGGCUUGAAUAUGAGUUCAGCAAAGGAAAUCGGUUCCUUCGUUCUCAAAAGAAUCAUGAACUUUUACCUAUGCCGCUGAUUAGAGUUCCGAAGAAACUUGACCGUGACGCUUCAGUUUUCUACCAGAUUGUUCAGUUUUGCAAUUACAUCGUUACGAAUCACGCCGACAAGGAUAGCGCGGACAUUAUCACUUACCUGUCCGGUGAGUCAUUGCAGGAUAAGAAACUGUAUAAUUCAACCUACAUAGGCAUUCUGGAAGCGAUACCAGUCAAGUUUGAACAAAUCGUCACUUUUUAUGCCAGCUACAAAAGGAAAUGAGCUCUCACUCGGUAAACCGACUUCCUGUGCGCGGAAUUACUCUACAAGGAACACCGUUUCUGAAUCGUAUGCUCUCCAGAACACUCGUGAAAAGCGUCGCGGGUGGCGGAGGCAUGGGUAAAAGUAGGAUUCAGUGGUUGCUUUUUUAUAAGAUAGAAGAAGAUAUCAUCGGCGGUAGCUGGCAGCAGCAACACCAACAGCAGCAGCCAGCAGCUUAUAUCACAGGGAGUAAAUCAUCACACAAAGCCAUCGGGUAUAAUCCUUCCAUUCAACACGUGUCUAAAUAUAACACCUGCCUCCCUUCUAAUGAAAAUAUGUUGCAGAGGAAACCGAAUGGGAGUAUAUCGGUAUACUUAAAGUGCAGCAUUUUUCUAGUUCUAUCGAAGCCUACAUGAAGGGAAGGAUAAGGAAGGGAAGGAAUUAUCCUAAAGUUGGUUGAUGUCUCUGAAAAAAAAAAUCUUCACUGAAAAUCAUUUCAUCACAGCUGAAAUUCAUUAAUGUAAAACAAUAGUAACGAGUGAAACGUUUAAACAUAGCCGCAAUUUGUUGUGUCGAAGAAAAGCAGAAUUUAAUUUUAUGUCCAUUUGACUAAAAAAUCAAUAACACUAAACUGGUCAGUAACUAAACAUAUUUUCUUGAAAACUAAGAAAUAUUUGGAUAUCAAAAUAAUUUUUAAAGACCUUUUAAUUUUUGCUUUUCUCGAUACAUUGAAUUUAGAGAAAGAAAAUCGGUGCCAGUUCAUACACAUUACAAUUUUGUUUUCACUCACUCACUUUUACUUUAUUUCAAUACACUUCAGAUCCUAAUUUGAAUCUGUAGUAACACAAAAUGCUUUGUUUCUCUUUUUCCUCUCU